GCGGUGCUGUUUGUUCUGGAGUGCCGCCCUGGCUCUUUGUGCUUGGGCGGUCCACCUUGCUCACUGCACGCUGGUGCUUGCUGAUCCUACUUUGCGCUGUCCGCCAAGUGCUGAACCUGACAGAGCAACCAUCCAGCAGUGUCAUGCAGUACUUCCCCUACUUCAAAUUCGUGGUGAGGGUCCUCAAGAAAUAUGGCCUGGGUUGGUUUGAAACUUCAUUGUGCCUUGCACGCGUUGCAAUCAUGAGAAGAGAUUUUGCUUGA